AUGAAGGAACUCGUACGUUUUAACAUGACCUACAUGCCCAUCAAUUUUAAUACCACGGAAGAAAUUUACUCUCUUCAAACGACAUUGAACGACGACUACGACAAGGCCGGCCCCCAAGAUCCCACGACGAUCCUAACGGAUCAAGUCGUUUUCUGGGCUCUCAUCGAUGGAUUUUUAUUUUUAUCCAUCGUUUCCGGAAACGUUCUCACCAUCGUUGCCAUACUCAUGAACCGAAGAUUAUUUUCCCUCAUGUCGAAUCAAUUCAUCUUAUCACUAGCAUUUUCCGAUUUGUUCGUCGGCACCGUUUUACCCUAUCACAUGAUGUUUUACAUAAGGCCCACGAUGGGACAAGAUUUCGGAUUGUGCAUCGCUCGACUUGCUCUAUUGACGUUCGCGUGCACGGCGAGCGUUUUGAACAUAAUUGGAAUAGCCAUAGAUAGAUUUUUGGCCAUCGUCUAUCCAUUGCACUAUAAUAAAUUCAUGACGAAAAGAUUCGCCAGAAGUAUCGUAAUCACAUCUUGGGCACUCGCUACCUCUCUGUCCAUAACUCCCGUUUUUUGGAACAAGUGGGAGGAAAACGUAGAAGAAAACAAGUGGAAAGGAAAAUGCGAAUUCGGCUACGUCGUCGUGCCCCUCUACGUCAAAACCAUUUACCUUCCCAGUUGUUUUUUACUAUUUACCAUUAUGUGGGGAUUUUACAUAAAAAUAUUCACGGAAACGAGGAAACACACGAAAAGGAUGCGACACGCGGAAAACGAUCCGCCCGAUACUUGGAAAUCCGUACAGGUUCUCAUGCUAGUCAUAGGAAGUUUCACGAUAUCGUACAUGCCAUUCAUAAUCAUAUUAAUAUUAAAUUCGCUUUUUCAACAUUACACGAAAACGACGUCCAUAGUGUAUAAAAUAGCCAAUUCUUUAGCCAUUGCAAAUUCCGCAGUCAAUCCGAUUAUUUACGCGUGGAAAAAUCAAGAAUUUAAAAAAUCGUUUGGAAAAAUAUUAAAAUGUAAAACGGCCGACGGAGAUGCUUUCGAACUUUUAUCGGGUUUAAACGCGAGGAGAAACGUUAAAAAUUCAUCUAAUGCCACGACGACACAGACAACGACAACGACAACGACAACGACGACGAAUAAAACAAAUAAUUGCAUCGAAAAAAUUUAA